UAUUUGCACGUGACAUUUUGUGUUGUUUGUAUUACUGGAUUUAAAAACAUUUACUUUUUGGAUUUGGUGAGAAGGUUAUGACUGCUGUCAAUUUAUUAACUAUCUAAAAUGUUUAAAGUGUAUAAAUUACACUUGAGAUUUAAGACUAUGGUAUUUCUAAUGUGUUUGUUGUUAAUGAAUUUAAAAAAUGAUGAUAAGUUGGGAUAAUUUACAACCAAAUGUAUAAUUUUAAAGAUGGCCUUAUUUUAUCGACUGUUUUCUCCCAGAAAAACAAAUAAAAAGGACCAAAUCUCUGUCACAACUGAUGAGGGCCUGAUAAAGGAUUACAAUUUUAUUUUCAGACCAUACAGUUACCAUCUGGAGAAGAAUGAAGUCAGAGUGUUACUAUUCAGAGAAUGUGACUGGAGGGGAAGGAAACUUCUGUUUGAUUCAACAUCAGUUGAAAAAGUACCUUUUGAUCCCAAAAAUCUGUUAUCAAGACCAAGAAGCAAUUCAAGUGAUAUGAUAGUUGAAGUUACUAAAGGAUAUGGUUAUAAGUAUAAAAAACCUCAUGCUGACAUUAACAAUCUUGGAGAAACAAUUUUUGGCUCUAUUGCCAUGGCAACACGAGGACCAUCAUUAAAAGUUCAUUUGAUGAAAGAUCCAGUACGCAUCAUGUUCACCAAAGUGAUACAAGCCCCCCGGUCUGGAGUCAGAAGACGUCAAAUAAGUGAUGAGAAGACUGUUGAAGACUCUCAGGGUAGCUCUGUCAAUUCUAUGGGCGAUUUCUACAACAACAGUUCCUUUGAUUCAAAACAAGGAUCAUUUGAAGCAACUCUCAAUGAUAGUGGGUUUGGUGGUGGGCGUGAGUCAUCUAUGAUGUUAAGUCCAGACUGGAUGAAACGGUUCAGUCCCCAGCCCUGCUCAUGUAGCAGCAAUUGUCCUCUGCGUCCUCCCAGCAUCCCAGGAAACAUAGAGGACACUGAUGGUGCAAAUAGCAGCAACUCCCUACAGUCAGGGGGUAGCUUAUCCAGUCUGCGGCGGCGCUGGGCUCGCAGUGAAGCCACUACACUGGACUUUGCAGACCCUACUCAGCCAGCAUUAACAACAGGCAAACGCACAAAGCUUGGCAUUGCCAUUAUCAUUCCAUUAAUGUCAUCUUGUUAUAAGGAAAUGGAGCAAUUUCUAUUGGAUCGAUUGCCACUAGUGACCAAGAUCGUCACAAGAUUACAGCACAGUACAGAACUUGCUUAUUGUCGCAGAGACGUCUUCGUGCAGUCAAUGCUACAAGCAAGCAUAAAUGCUGCUCAGAGUGUUUAUGAGCUAGUGUGUGGAUCCCGGCUGGAUAGACCACUGUGGCUGACCAUGACAUCGGACAAGACCAGCAGUGCUAUCAAAUCUGAGCUGGCCAACAGAUUAGUGAGCGACUUGAGUCAUCUGCUGACUACUAUUGAUACCAAGCAUACCAACUUUUUUAUAAGUACUUUGUUAACUGCAGUCCUAACUCACCACUUGGGAUGGGUACCAACCGUAUGCAGUGACGUGCCUGGCCAACCUGACUCAGCGUUAGCAGACUUAUCAAGAAACCACCCCUACAACCCUCUGUGGGCUCAGCUGAGUGAUCUGCAAGGAGCUUUGGGAUAUCCUCCAAAAAUAGCAAAAACCGUGGUGGUCGGGAAAUCAGAACCCCUUGUUUUGAAGUUAUUAUCCAUUUUAAGCUAUUUCAUACGUUGUAGUCAAGUGAGAGUAAUGAAAUUAGAACGUGAAGAACAAUCUGAUGAGGAGAACCAGUUGGAGUAUAUUCUGGAAUGUGAUCAAGGGAAUGCUCCAUACGAUAAGGACGCUAUUAGAGAGUUCCACAAAGCUGGUUCAGAUGGGGGAUGUUCCUCCACAUCUACUUCCACUCUGACCAAAAGUAAAACAGUAUUAAGUAUGAAGACAUUUUCUGUCACAGACUGUGAAAUGGAUACUGCUAAUAGCUUGGAAAGUGGUUUUGAGUCAUGCAAUGAUUUUUCUGGUGAUAGUUAUGAAGAUAGAAAUAAACAUGUGAAACCAAUCAAACAUUUGAACUCUAAAUUAGGAAAAAGCUUAAGUUGUAAUAAAUUGAUAGAAACCUCAUUUUCUCAACAUUUAGAUGAUAUUGAUCCGAGAAAUGCUACAAUUAGUGUAUCUCCAUUCCAUAGUUCAACAUUGUCAGUUGUGAAAUGUUUGGAGAAUGAUAAUAAGGCUGCUUCUAAAUUGGAUUCUGAAAAACAAUUUACAUCUGAUCAUUUACUUAAUAUGUUUAAUAAAAUCAAUUCAAGAUCGUCAUUGCAUACUGUUGAAAGUAGCCAGAAUUCUUUUUCGAUAAAGAAUAUUUAUCAGUCAAAUUCAUCUGAUAAAGAGAAUAAAGAAAAUAAAGUAGUCUUUGUACUUGGAGAAAAUGAAGAACUGGUCAAUAUUAAAGGUCAAGACGAGGCAAACUUACCAGAAAGUCUAGUGGGACUAUCAGAAGUGAAGAGUAACAAGACUGACUUUAAACGACCGUUGAUCUUAAUAGAUUUUGUAGAUGUAAAAGACUCGAAUAAAGAAGGAGAGAGAUGUCAGACUGAAAACAAGACUGAGUUUUAUAGUGGAGAAGUUAGUGACAGAGUAGUGAUUGUGCAUCCGACACCAAUAGAAUUAGAGGUGAGAGGAGACACUAAAUCUCUGAAGAUGAAUCAACCAGGUUUACAUCGCUGCUUGAGUGUGCCUGAGGAAGCAGUGUCAGAAACGGACUGGGUGAAAAGUCGGAGGAGCAGAGAAGCCAGCCAGCUCAUCCGGAGGUGGUUGAGUGACAGUACAAUUGAGAGGACGACAUAUAAAUCUUUGUGUGAAAUCAGUGAUAGUGAAAGUACUCCAAGUGUAACCAAAGACAACAAUGUUUUAUCUGCAAAUGUGUUUAGGACUAGUGAUAGAUCGCUCAAAGACACUUCAACAGAACAAAAUGUAACUGUAGAGCAAUUAGUAAAUAAAAGUGGUUGUGAAGUUCCUCUAGAUAAAUUGACUGAUGUGGAUAAGCAAAUUCCACCUUCCAUUAAUGAAUAUAUCAAACUGCCCUCUCAAAGGUGGUUGGAGACUGAGACAUGUGGUGAGGAGUCUGGUGUGGCCGCCUCACUGUAUGGGGGAGUGAGUAACGUGUACAACCCAGAGCUGGUCCUCCAGGGACUUACUCAAGGGCUACCGGAGGACUUGCAACAUUCCCUCCAGCUGGACAGGGAUCUGGACUUAGCCGAGGCAGUCUGUAUUCUCGCCAACACUGAUACGUGGGAGGUGCUGCUAGUCUCAAGUCACUCACUUAUGGCUGACCGAGGCGGUGAGGUAGGAGUGAGAGUGGGCAUGUCUCAACUUGUGGCCAACAUGCUCGAGACUACCCAACAACUCUGCAGCCUGUCAGUGCCUGCACAGAUGUGCUUGUCCCAUGUGGAAACGAAGCUGUCAGAACUGUGUGUGCGAAGUCAAGCUCUGGCCGAACUUCUCCUUGAUUCAGAUUUUCUCAACAUUGCUACCUUGACUUCAGUCCUCGACCUCGAUGCCAAUGAUGUUCCUCUCUUGCUCUCUGUUGCCUCCACCCAUACGCCUCUAGUCACGCGCAAAUAUGGACUCUCUUUUCAAUAGAAUAGACCAAUAUUUUAUACAUUAACAUAUCAUUUUGAGGUUUCUGAAUCUCAAGAGAGUUAUAUUUUAAGUUUCAGUUAAUUAUUAUUUAUUUUUUAAGUACAAAUAAAUGUAAUAUUUUUUGUUUUAAAAAUAAUCUUAAAUUGGGAAAUUUGCAAAAAAUACUUAAUCUGUAAUAACUACUUAAAUUGAUUUUUCUCAUUAAUAUGAAAAACCUCAACAAAGGGUGAUAAAAAACUUAUUAUUUCUGUUAUGAUUCUAGAGCUAUUCAUCCUGUUAUAUUAUUUAUUAAUAUAUCAUAUACAGAAAGUAAGCCCUCAGCAGAUAAAAUACCACACAAAUUGUCUCUAAAGCAUUUCAGAUAUUAUACACAUUUGUGUUGUAAUGUGAACAAUAUUUUUAUUUCCAAACUCAAGUUAUUUGAGUUAAACUUUUUAAAAUUAUGACUAGAUGGUGAUAACAAUAUUAUUUAUAGUCAAAUGAACUGUUUCUUUUCAUUAAAAGAAGAUUUUAUAACCAAUUUAAAA